AUGCAUACGCUCAAAGCCACUGCUUCCUCCUCCCUCUCACUGGCCGAGGGCCACUACAUCUACUCCAUCGCCCCUUCGUCCCCAGGGUCGUUUGCCGCGAUUUCAUCGGAUGACUCCCUUCGUGUGUUUGACGCUAACGGGCUCAGCCAUGCGUCCGUCGUUGCCGCGAGCGCCCAUGAGGGCGUCACGUCCCUGAAAUCGUAUGACGCCGGCCAGCAUGUGCUGGCGACGGCAGGAAGGGAUGGCAAGGUGAAACUGUGGGAUCUGCGCAGUGGCAGGAAGUCCGCGGCUGUGGAGAUGGAGACCUCGAAGCAGGCCCCCGUGUUGUCCGUCGCAUGCUGUCCGGAGACUAAUGGAAUUGUGGCUGGAACCGAGCUUGUUUCAUUCCAGGCCAUUGUCGCCUUCUGGGACACCAGAUCACCCGGUCAAACGUCCCUCCAAUACGUUGAGAGCCACAACGAUGACGUGACCGAACUUCAAUAUCACCCAGUCCGUCGCAACCUCGUUCUGUCCGGCAGCACAGACGGGCUGGUCAACAUUUACAACACAACCAUCGCCGAUGAGGACGAUGCCCUCGUGCAAGUCAUCAACCACGGCUCCGUGCAUCAUGCAGGGUUCCUUGGCGAGAGGACCAUCUACGCCCUCAGUCACGACGAAGACUUUUCCAUCCACCCGGCGACCGAUCCAGAUGAGCCGACGCAGGAGCCCGAACCUGUGCAGUUCGGUGACCUGAGACAGCCUCUUGGCUGCGAAUACAUUGCACAACUGUGCGUCGGUAGUCAGGGACCAUACAUUGCCGCGGGCAACAAACAGGAAAACCGUCUGGACCUGGUUCCGCUCGUUUCGACGCCGUCUUGGCGAUUUGACCAAGACAAUAUGUGGCGUCUGCCGGGCGCCCAUGGCGAGGAGAUUGUACGUUCGGUUUAUCUCGAUGAGCAGUCCCAGUCUGUGUUCACCUGCGGCGAGGACGGAUUCGUUCGCGCCUGGAAGCCCGACAGCGAAGACCAGGGGACAGCUCAAACGGAGGCCAAGGUGCCACGGAAGGAUAAGAAGAACAAAGAGAGGGGGCGGUACAAGCCUUAUUAA